CCUUUUUGUUCUCUAGUUCAACAGGGUUCUUGUUUCUUUCACUGCGUUUUCCCCCAAAUCCCAAAUGCUUUGAAUUUGGCCUCUUCCUCUCUCCUUCUCCUUCUCCGCCACCAUCAUCCACCUCUCCAAUGGCCUCCAUCUCCGGCUUCUGCUCCUCCUCCGCUUCCCCUGCCGCAGCUCUCAAGCCUCGCCGCUUGCUAUCUCCACAGAAAUCCCCUCUUCUCCGCCCUAUUGUCGGCCCCCGCACGCUUGUCUCCGUUGCCCGCGAUAUCUCCGCUGAUCUCUCCACUAACUCUUCCAUUCCCGUCUCCCCGAAGUCUGCCGCCAUCGAGAAGGACCCUGUCAAUCUCUGGCGACGCUAUGUUGAUUGGCUUUACCAGCACAAGGAGUUGGGACUGUACCUUGAUGUUAGCCGGAUCAGCUUCACUGAUGAGUUCUUUGAUUCGAUGGAACCCCGGCUUCAGAAGGCUUUUUUGCAUAUGAAGGAGUUGGAGAAGGGAGCGAUUGCGAACCCUGAUGAGGGGCGGAUGGUGGGGCAUUACUGGCUUCGGAACCCUAAAAUGGCGCCGAAUUCGUUCUUGAGGUUGCAGAUUGAGAACACGCUGGAAGCUAUCUGUGACUUUGCGGAUAAGAUAAUCAGUGGGCAGAUAAAGCCUCCAUCUUUUCCAGAGGGCCGGUUUACCCAGAUUCUUUCUGUUGGAAUUGGUGGUUCUGCCUUGGGGCCUCAGUUUGUUGCUGAGGCAUUAGCCCCUGAUAAUCCUCCUCUAAAGAUAAGAUUUAUUGACAACACAGAUCCUGCUGGAAUUGAUCAUCAAGUUGCACAGCUUGGAUCAGAGUUAGCAUCUACGCUUGUUAUUGUCAUAUCAAAGAGUGGCGGAACACCUGAAACCAGAAAUGGCCUGUUGGAAGUACAAAAAGCUUUUCGAGAUGCUGGAUUGGACUUUGCGAAACAGGGUGUUGCUAUUACCCAACAAAAUUCCUUGCUAGAUAAUACCGCUAGGAUUGAGGGGUGGUUAGCAAGGUUUCCUAUGUUUGAUUGGGUAGGUGGUAGAACCUCUGAGAUGUCUGCAGUGGGGUUACUUCCAGCAGCACUCCAGGGCAUAGACAUAAGAGAAAUGCUUGCUGGUGCAGCACUGAUGGAUGUUGCAAAUAGGAAUACGGAGGUAAAGAAUAAUCCAGCAGCUUUGCUUGCUCUUUGUUGGUAUUGGGCUUCAGAUGGAGUUGGAUCAAAGGAUAUGGUUGUCCUCCCUUAUAAGGACAGCUUGCUAUUAUUUAGCAGGUAUUUGCAACAGUUGGUUAUGGAAUCACUAGGAAAGGAAUUUGAUCUUGAUGGCAAUCGGGUCAAUCAAGGGCUUAGUGUUUAUGGAAAUAAAGGGAGCACAGAUCAGCAUGCCUACAUUCAGCAGCUGAGAGAAGGUGUUCACAAUUUUUUUGUUACUUUCAUUGAAGUGCUCCGAGAUAGGCCCCCUGGUCAUGAUUGGGAGCUUGAGCCCGGUGUCACAUGCGGUGAUUACUUGUUUGGAAUGUUACAGGGUACGCGUUCGGCCCUUUAUGGAAAUAAUCGGGAGUCCAUAUCAGUAACAGUGCAGGAAGUUACUCCUAGAUCUGUGGGAGCACUUAUAGCACUUUAUGAACGGGCUGUAGGGAUCUAUGCUUCUCUUGUUAACAUUAAUGCUUACCAUCAACCUGGUGUUGAAGCUGGGAAAAAGGCAGCUGGGGAAGUAUUAGCUCUUCAAAAGAGAGUUCUGGCUGUGCUAAAUGAAGCUAGUUGUAAAGAGCCUGUCGAACCAUUGACACUCGACGAAAUUGCAGAUCGCUGCCAUGCUCCUGAAGAGAUUGAAAUGAUAUAUAAAAUAAUUGUGCAUAUGGCCGCGAACGACAGAGCUCUCAUAGCUGAGGGCAGCUGCGGUUCACCUCGAAGCAUCAAAGUAUUCCUUGGUGAGUGCAAUGUCGAUGACUUGUAUGCUUAAACAUCACUUUUCUAUGUAAUUUUGUUUGAUACAGCAACAAGAGUUCGAAAUAAUUUACGAUGAAGGCUUGUAUCCGACCUUCGAGUAAAAAACACCAUUGCCCAAUCAUUCGAUUUACUCGAUCUUUUGGGUAAUUUUCAGAUUUCUGUUUUAUGUUUUCGAA